AUGCUGUCCCAGCCCAGCCCCUACGACAACGUCACGACCGCUAAUCUCUUUACGGUGAAAUUCAGUAAUCUCUUCGACAAAGAGUCAAAAGAACUCGACACUCUUUUGAAAGCAUGUGAAAGAGAUGGCUUCUUCUAUCUCGAUCUUCAAGACUCGUGCUCCGCCAAGUUGUGGAGAGACUUGGAAAGGGUGAGCGCGAUUGCUAAGCGCUGGUUCUCGCAACCUGUUGAGGACAAGCUGAAAACCCCAACAGUAUCGUUGGCACAUGGAAGUGAGCUCCUCGGUCGUUGGGCUCUCCCAUCCGUCGUCGAAGAAAACCUCGAACUAUUUGACCAGUUCAACGCAUCAUGCCACUUCAUCCUAAAACUACUUCUGGACUGCCUAUCAGACGUGCUAAACCUCCGAGGCGCAUCCCGCCUAGACACCCACCACCGCGAUGACGCACGCUCCAAAAGCACGCUCUACUUCCUGCACUACCCCCCAGGAACGCAGAGCCUAAACGAAGUAGGUCAGAACAUGCACACUGACAUCGGCACACUGACUCUCCUCUUCGCGCCGCAAUGGGGUCUCCAGGUCGUGUCCCCCAUGACAGGAGCGUGGGAGUACGUGCAGCCACGCGAGGGACGCGCGAUCGUCAAUGUUGCGGAUACGUUGAGAUUUCUAUCUAACAAGCGAUUCCGCUCUGCGCUGCAUCGUGUUCUUCCUAUCGGGGGCGUGCAGAAGGAAGAUCGGUAUGCUGUGUCGUACUUUUUGAGAGCGGCGGAUGAUACAAAGUUUAAGGACAGUAAUGAUGAGGAGUCAGAUGCCAAGAGUUGGUAUUUGACAAAGUAUCAUACCUACGAGCUGCCGCAUGAUGUGCAGGGAGAACAGACGGUGUUGUCUGGGGGGAUGGCGCAGGAAUUACAGGCUACAUUCUGA